CGCUAAUUAAUAUGACCAAAAUGAGGGCGCUCUUUAAAACCACCGCAGAGAGAGAGGGCUCCCAAAACUGUAAUAAAAUGUAGGCUGUGCUGGAUGUCAAGCAUCAUCUUCAACCCUAAAACUUGAGUAUGGUUUAAAAUCAACUAUGCCAGACGUCAGCAUCUCAGAAUUCUUCCUGGGGGGUGUGGCUGCUUGCGGAGCUUGCCUUUUCAGCAACCCCCUGGAAGUGGUUAAAACGCGCAUGCAACUUCAAGGCGAACUCAAAGCACGAGGGAGCUAUCACAGACACUACAGGAAUGUCUUCCACGCUUUCUUCACCAUCGGCCGAGUGGACGGACUCUUGGCAUUACAGAAGGGGCUCGGACCCGCUUUGUGGUACCAACUUUUUAUGAACGGUUGCCGUUUAGGGAGCUAUCAGUGUUUCUUUGAUCUAGGAUUGACUAAGAAUUCUAAGGGUGAAGUUAGUGUACUGAGAAGCGUACCGGCAGGAGCAUUAGCGGGGGCCACUGGUGCCUUAGUAAGCAGUCCCUUUUAUAUGAUAAAAACUCAUCUUCAAGCCCAAUCACAUCAGGUAAUAGCUGUCGGUUACCAACACACGCACACCGGCAUGACAAUGGCGCUACGCCAGACCUUCAGAGAAAGAGGCUUUUUUGGUUUGUGGAGGGGAGCCACAGCGGCAGUUGUACGGGUUUCGUUCGGCUCUGCAGCACAACUAUCAACAUUCUCUACAGCUAAGGAGAUGGUUAUAAAUACUGAAUUCUUCAAGCCACAGAGCAUUGCCAUUCCAUUCUGUGCCAGUAUGGUUAGCGGCGUAGCAGUGGUCUGCAUCAUGACGCCAUUUGACGUCAUCAGCACACGACUCUACAAUCAGGGACUCGACCCACAUGGAAAAGGGCUGUACUAUAGCGGCUUCAUGGAUUGUCUAUGGAAGAUUCUACGCAAUGAAGGACUGCUUGGUUUUUAUAAAGGGUGGUCGGCGUCUUGGUUCCGGACAGCUCCUCACACCGUUCUAAGUCUUCUAUUCUGGGACGAGGGGAGAAAGUUAUAUAAAAAACUCAAAGGGGCUAAAUGAUCUAGUCAGGUUUGCAGAGACAUCAGGCCCGAUUCUUCAAAGAGGCAACAAAGGCGAUUGCCUCCAUGCCCCCUGGCCAUUGCCUUGGUGCCCUUAAAAUGCUGGAGUAGAAAU